AGAAAAUGAAGAUAUCCGACUCAGUUAUGGCUCUGAUUGGCGAUUUUGCCGCAAUGAAGCGUACCCCUGACUAUGUACCAUCGGCUGCCAGUGUAAAACCUGAGCUCGAAAAUAAAAGGAAACCAAGCAUUCCAAAAGUGGAAACUGAACGCAGGCACUCAUUGCUGAUUAGUGUUGGAACGCAAGAGGUUCCGAAACUCAACCACCGUGUUCGAUCCGAAUCUGUUUGUGGCUGCCCUCCAAAUAUCGAAGCCAAACUCUACAAUAAAGCUAAUAGAAGGCUUUCUGCACCUUGCAUCUCAACGGCAGCCGAGUCGAAUAUUUUACGGAAGAAAUUGCAGAAACUCAAGGAAGAAAAAACUUUGGACUCCGAUACCACCACGCUAAAAGAGGAAGACGAAGACGAAAUCCGUGCUGAACUGGCCCAACGGCGAAUCUCAACAGGAAGUGCUGUGUACAGAGUCUAA